AUGAGAAAUGACAGAAUGAACAUGAUCCAGACUUAUGAGCAGUACAUCGCCUUGCACGAAUUACUUGUGGAAGGAUUCAAUUUACAAGAAUCACUCAUUUUUCGAGUGAAUUUCCCUGCUGUCCUGGCAACAAUGUGUCCUACGAAUACACCAGCGAAUCAGACAAAGAUUCAUCAGGAAUAUAAGGUAUUAAAAUCAUUAACUCCAAACUACUCCCAAGGUUGUUUUAAAGCUGCAUUACGGGAAGAAAAUUUGGAAAAGAACCGGAAUAAGGACAUCUUAGCAGCGGACAAGUUCAGACCUUUUCUUCAGUCACAAUUACCGAACGUGACAGAUUACAUUAAUGCUGUAAUGAUACAGUCACACACUUCGAUGUCGGGGUAUCUGAUGACACAGUUUCCUCUUGAGGACACCAUCGAUGACUUCUGGACAAUGGUGUUUGACUACAGCUGUGAAAACAUCGUCGUCCUCGGAAAAACAACAGAAGUUUGUAAUAACUGA